CAGGAGACUGCUGGGUGGCAGGGACAGGGGGAGAGGGGCUUUUCUCUGUGGCCACCUGGAAAGCCAUGAAACACCUCCGGCUUGUCAGGAAACAAGCUCAAAACUCACUCAGUACAAUUCCCUUCAUCGGCCUUCGGGUCUAAAUUUGAAACAGUUCAAGUAGAGAAGAGGUUUCUUUCCAGAUCUUCAUGGACACGCUCAGACGAGGAGGCCCACUCAAGUUGAGCACCCAGGAUAUCUCCAGGCAGUUUUGAUGUCAGGGGAAGGCAAAGUAGGUCUGAAGGGGGUUUUAAUCUUUAGCCAGGCUACGGGCUCCAAAGCGUCGCUCUCGGGUGUGCGUCCGGGCCGAGAUGAGCGGAGGUCGGUUUGAGUUUGAUGACGGUGGCGCGUACUGCGGAGGCUGGGAGGGCGGCAAGGCGCACGGCCACGGCAUCUGCACCGGCCCCAAAGGCCAGGGCGAGUUCUCCGGAUCCUGGAACUAUGGCUUCGAGGUGGUGGGGGUCUACACCUGGCCCAGCGGGAACACCUACGAGGGCUACUGGUCGCAGGGCAAACGUCACGGUCUGGGGGUCGAAACCAAAGGGCACUGGAUUUACAGAGGAGAAUGGACGCACGGCUUUAAGGGGAGGUACGGCAUCCGGAUAAGUGUCGGCAGUGGGGCGAAAUAUGAGGGAACGUGGAACAAUGGACUUCAGGACGGCUAUGGAACUGAAACUUACGCCGAUGGAGGUACUUUCCAGGGUCAGUUCACGGGCGGGAUGCGGCAUGGCUAUGGGGUCCGUCAGAGCGUCCCCUAUGGCAUGGCAGCAGUCGUCCGUUCUCCUCUCCGGACUUCCCUGACCUCCCUACGCAGCGAGCAUAGCAAUGGCACAGUCCUGCAGCAAGACAUCCCUAUCAUCACCACCACAAGCGUGUCCGGUGAGGAGACUCCUGUUGCCGACCCUGCCCAACUGGGACCAUCUCGAGGAGGCUUCGCCCUCACUCUCCAGGUGGAUCCAGAGGCAGUGAAACCCAAGAAGAAAGGUCUGUUUCGCAGGAGCGCUCUGCUGGGGAAGCUGAAGAAAUCUGACUCGAGCACCUCGCUGUCCAGCCAGAAGAGCAAGAUAAGUUUCCUGAGGACGGAAUCGGCUUUGAGCUCCAACGCCAGUGAAACCAACUCCACCAUCAGCAUGGGGGACGAGAGCCUGGCUGGAGCAGAAGACUUCCCCCCUGUUGAGGCAGACAUCGAUGCCACCACCACAGAAGUCUACAUGGGCGAAUGGAAGAAUGACAAGCGCUCAGGAUAUGGAAUAAGCGAAAGGUCCAGUGGCCUCAAGUACGAAGGCGAGUGGCUGAACAACCAAAGACAUGGCUACGGGUGCACCACCUUUGCUGAGGGUGGCAAAGAAGAGGGCAAGUACGUGAACAACAUGCUGGUGAAGGCCGUGAAGAAGAGAGUGAUCCAACUGAAGGGAACAAAGAUCAAGCAGAAGGUGGAGAGGUCCGUGGAGGGCGCUCAGCGGGCCGCUGCCAUCGGCAAGCAGAAGGCAGAGAUUGCAGCUUCCAGGUCCGCCCACGCUAAAGCCAAGUCAGACGGAGCCGAUCAGGCCGCUCAAGCCUCCAACGGCGAAUCCAGCAUCGCCAGGCUGGUGGCCAAAGAGCUCUCGCCUUCCUUCUACCAGCCAGGUCCGGAGUAUCUGAAGAAGAGGCAAAUGCCGGAAGUUGGGGAGGGAAGUGAGAGCACUGAUAUAGUCAUGCAUGAGCCACUGUUGGCCGAGGAGGAGCCCCUGCCUACCCCGCCCGAAAGCCCGAUCGUGAACGAACUUGACAGCCUCAUGCCUGGAUCCUCUCCGGGUCGCACCCCCUCCCCCAGUCCAGGCAUCUUCAUCAAGGAGGACCCCAAACUUUUAGGUCCUGGCAACUGGAAUGAUGAUAAAGCUAGUAAAGGCAGUGGCAGUAAAGGUAGCAGUAAGCCCAACAGCAGGCCCAGUAGUCGCCCCACCACACCUUCACUCCCUGUUCCUAUUCCAACUGCACCAGAGGGCGCCAGCGGUCACAGCCUCUCCCGAACCCCAAGUCGCCACAGCACCAAGAACGAGCAGGGAUCUGAUUUGGAGAUCAAACCCUUGCAGAAAUUUGAUGCAGAGGUGAAUACUCCAGACACCACGUCUGCAUCCAAAUCUGCAAAAAACUCUUUUAUUGCUCCGGAUGAAGAGGAAAAGCUGGGCACCAGCCCCAAAGUGGCCCUGGGAGCUGCCACUCCAAAUUCUAAAGCCAAUGAUCUCAAGCCCCAAAGACUUCCGACAGUUCACGAUCGAGAGCAGUUGAGGGAGGCGAGCAGGCCUUCUAUCAAAGUGGAAACAAAGCUGCCGCCAAAACGACAAGCCAGCCCUGCACCAUCCCCAAAGCCUGCCACCAAUUAUGAACCUAAGACAGUGGCCAAGCAUGUGGAAACCAAAACCAACUGUGCCAAACCUGUCUUGAAAGUGGAUCCCAAAACAGAAGCCCGACUGAAGGCACCAAUGUUGAAUUCAAAUACUGAAGUUACUGCAGAUUCUUUGGAGCAGGAGAGCCCCAACACCAUCAUGAUCUGCAUGGUCAUCCUGCUCAACGUCGGUUUGGCCAUUCUCUUCGUGCACAUUUUGUCAUGAGGCGUUUGUCGCCACCUCAGGUCGCCAUCCGCGUCGUAGUGAGACGGCCUGCCUGCCUGCCCGCCUGCCGCAGUUUGCACCAGAGCUCAACGAGAUGUGGAGGGAAAUCAGAAGCCUUGUGUGAACGGCAGCAGCUCCUCUUCUCUGAGUGUCUGUUGGUGUGACUGUGUGAGGCCCUGUCAGGCUGCUGUCUCUGCAGACCACUGAGAAGCUGAAGGACACUGAAUGACUGAAAUGGCUCAGUAUGAAGUUUCCGUGCUAAAGUGGGGGGAGGGCGGGAUGGUUGAAUGCCCCAUUGCUUCCACUAGAGGAGCUCUGAAUGCGCUGAAGGAGUCAAUAUUCAACUCAUGAUGCCCCCAGUAUGUCAACAUUAUGCAAAAAAAAAAAGCUUUUAUUAAAUCCUUAACUACCACACAAGCUUGCUCUCACAACACCCGAGCAGGUGUUUUAAUUUAUU